AUGGCCAAACACGAAACUUCUGCUGACCAGCAUCCCUGGAGGAUUGCCCCAAAGCAGACAAAAAUGAGCUGCCUUGCCGAUAAGCAAACACUGCUGUAUAUUGCAGACAUCUCACCUACCAAGAUAAACUGUACUGACCAUAGCAGCCUUCGCAGCGGCAUCUUCCAAGUUCACGUCGGCAAAGACGACGAUAUGGCCACCUUCCACAUUCACAUCUCCGUUGCCUGCAAAUACUCCAGCUUCUUCCGCUCAGCCACCAUCUGGUCCUGGUCCGAUCUACCAGCGACGUCGUCAAUCUCCCAGACUACGAGCCCGACAUCAAAGGCAUACGUGCUUGGCGCGUAUCUCGCCGACACUCUCUUCCAGGACGCCGUGGCGGAUGCAUUGAUGCAUAGGCUGUAUGCGAAGAGGGAGACUUGGGGACGAUGCAAUGGCUGCCGGGGGGAGUUCGUGGCGUAUCUGUAUGACAAGACGAGCUCGAGUUCGCCUAUUCGCCAUCUUCUGGUCAGUAUGCUGGCAAGAGAUUAUGAAAGAUGGCUAUCUAAGGUGGCAGCAGCCGGUCUGCCCAAAGAGAUUCUGUCUGAUCUGUUGAACUAUGUUGCGGGCGUGACGGCUCAUCGGCCCAUGCGGGAGUACUGGGGGAAAUGCACGUUCCAUUUGCAUGAGGCAGAGCAAGAGUGUUAUUAUGGUUGA